GAGAAAGUCAUUGGCUAAAUUUUCAAUCCUGGGCCACUGCAUUUAAUCAAAUAUGGAAGUCUGAGAUAUGAUAGGUGUAGUUAGACAAGGUAAGAUAGAUUAGGCACAACUACUACUCUUAGAUAGGUUGUCUGUGAUUUACACAAGAAGCCACAAGGAGAAAGAAAGGUUAAGAGCAAGACCAGAAGAAUGCAUCUAACCUGGAAGGAGGAGCAUCUGGAUAUUCUUCUGGUCCCGGCUGGUUUGCUGAUCAUGUUCGGGUAUCAUCUCUACCUCCUUUAUAGAUACCUGAGAUGUCCAGGGGAAACGGUCAUAGGAUAUGAAAAUCAUAACAAGAAAGCAUGGGUAGAGAGAAUGAUGCUGGUUGAAGGUAAAGACAGAACUGUAGCUGUAAAUGUGAUCAAUUCCAAUUUAUCAGUAUCAACUACCAUGUGUUCCAUGUCCUUAGCUCUCUGCUCCUUAAUUGGAGCUUGGUUUGGAAGCUCUUUCAAGAACAUACUUACCAGCAGUGUAAUCUAUGGUAACACGAGCUCUACUAUUGUUUCCAUCAAAUACAUAGCUCUGCUUUCCUGCUUCCUAGUCGCUUUUGGCGCUUUUGUGCAAGCUGCGAGAUACUAUGUUCAUGCAAGUUUCUUAAUCACCACACCAAAAAGUGACUUACCGGUGAAAUACAUUGUGAGGGCGGUGAUAAGAGGAGGCAAUUUCUUUUCGGCUGGAACACGGGCACUGUAUUUCGCCACCAAUUUGCUGAUGUGGAUCUUUGGUCCAAUCCCAAUGUUGUGCGCAUCAAUGGCUAUGGUGACACUAUUGUACAACCUUGACAAAAAUUCAUGUGAAUUGCACGAAUAUUGUCCCCUUCCCAAACAAGAUUCCUUCAAGAAAAUAGGUGAGCAAGUAAAAACGUAUCAAGAAGUAAUCACUGUUGCUCAGAAUAAUGGAGACCAAGGAAGACGGUAUGAGAACUAAAGCAGGACAUCCAGUGUCCGGCAGUGACCACUUCCUGCAAAGAGUAACAGAGAUAGUAUUUGCAGGCAUAAAAUGAAAACAAGUAUCACUUCAACCAGCAUAUGUGAGAUUUACUAUUUUUUAACAUUCCUAUUCAGUAGAAAACAAUAAAAGCAUUUGAGCGGAUCUGUAGCUUUGCAUUUAGUACUUGUAAUUCCAGCUGCAAUUUCAUUAGGUCAUCCAGGUGGCAACCAUGAAAUGUAUUUUCAUUUUAAAUGAUUGUAAAUUGAUAAUAUUACGAAGAAUGGAUGCAUUACCAAAAAUUGCAUGUCUUAA